GGUUUAGUACUCCACAUGUAGUAGUACUCAGGAGGUCUAGUACUCCACAUGUAGUAGUACUCAGGAGGUCUAGUACUGGUCAAAGAUUCAAGCAAUAAAUUCAUAAAUGAUUCAAAAAUUAAAACAAUCGAUUUAUGAAAGAUUCAAACAAUAAAUCUAUCAAUGGUGAAAGAUUGAAACAAUAAAUAUAUGAAAGAUUCAAAGAUGUAAACAAUAAAAAGCCAAAAGAGAAGUGAGGCCCUUGCAGUAGAGUCCUGACAUUCACCACAGUUAGCGACAUGUGUCCCAGGUGUGCGACGUCCUGAAUGUAUAUUCCCUGCAAGAAGAAAGUGUUUGUCCAUGUUUCCACAGAACAUCCAUGCCAUGCUGCUGCUUCGACGCUGCCGAGGUCUGACUCCAUGUGGGGGUCUGGCUCCUCAAAGAGGUCAAGAGUGGCGGCGUGCGCUUCGUCUGGCGAGCAGCAGCAGCAGCAGCAGCAGCAGCAGCAGCAGCAGCAGCAGCAGCAGCCGUGAUGAGCAGCGAUCCCAACAUGGUGGACACACUCCUGGCUGGAAGCAGGCCUUCGCGGGUCUGCUGGCUGGGACAGGAGCCGUGCUGGCUUAUGGUCUGCACCACCACCAGGCGCAGCACACGGACGCCGUCAGCGUCCACGCCCACCUCUCCCGUCUUCCCGUCUUCAGCCAGGAGGAGGUCACCAAGCACCGCACGCUGCAAGAUGGCGUGUGGGUCACCUACAAAGGCGGCGUCUAUGACAUCACGGACUUUGUCGCCAUGCACCCCGGCGGCGAUAAAAUCCUGCUGGCGGCGGGCGGCGCCCUGGAACCCUUCUGGGCGCUGUACGCCGUGCACGAUCAGGACCACGUGUUGGACAUCCUCUCUGAAUACAAGGUGGGCGAGUUGAGCGCCGAGGACCAGAAGAAGCAGGAGAGUCUAAGGUCCGGCGACCCCUACUCCUCGGACCCCCAGCGGCACCCGGCCCUGCGCGUCAACAGCCAGAAGCCCUUCAACGCCGAGCCGCCCCCCGAAAUCCUGUCCGACAGUUACAUCACGCCGUCCGCCUUCUUCUUCAAGAGGAACCACCUGCCCGUCCCCCGCGUGGACCCGGCCUCCUACGAGCUGCUGGUGGAGGGAGGGCCCGGAGGUGGUCUGCGCCUCUCCCUGGAGGACUUGAAGAGCCGCUUCCCCCGCCACGCCAUCACGGCCACGCUGCAGUGCGCCGGCAACCGCCGCUCCGAGAUGAACCAGGUCAAGCACGUGAAGGGACUGAACUGGGGCAUCGCCGCCAUCGGGACCGCCACCUGGGCCGGCGCCCGCCUCAGGGACGUGCUGCAGGCGGCCGGCUACGGCCCGGACGCCGCCCGCUGGGCUCGCCACGUGCAGUUCGAGGGGCUGGACAAGGACGCGGCGGGCACGACUUACGGCGCCUCCAUCCCCCUGAACAAGGCGCUGAGCGAGGACGGCGACGUGCUGCUGGCGUACGAGAUGAACGGCGAGCCUCUUCCCGCCGACCACGGCUUCCCCGUGCGGGUGCUGGUGCCGGGGACGGUCGGCGCCCGCAACGUGAAGUGGUUGGCCAAGAUCACGGUCAGCGCCGAGGAGAGCGCCAGCCACUGGCAGCAGAACGACUACAAGGGCUUCUCGCCCGCCACCGACUGGGACUCCGUCGACUUCAAGUCCGCCCCCGCCAUCCAGGAGCUGCCCGUCCAGUCCGCCGUCACCACGCCCGCCAACGGCGCCGUGGUCUCCCGCGCCGAGGAGCAGCUGACGGUGAAGGGCUACGCGUGGAGCGGCGGCGGGCGAGAGGUGGUGCGCGUGGACGUGUCCCUGGACGGGGGUCACACCUGGCAGGUGGCCCGGCUGAAGGCCGGCGAGGAGUUCUCGCCCCCGCCCGGCAGAGCCUGGGCCUGGAAGCUCUGGGAGGUGACGGCCGCCCUCCCGCCUGAGAGCCGGCAGCUGGAGAUCGUCUGCAAGGCGGUGGACGACAGUUACAACGUGCAGCCGGACUCUGUGGCCCCCGUCUGGAACCUGAGGGGCGUCCUCAGCAACGCCUGGCACCGGGUGCGGGUGCAAAUCCAGGACGACUAGACUUCCCUCACGGCAAGUAUUUCAUUCAAUGUCCCUUCUUUUUGUUGUCUCACGUCCUCAGAUCAGGUGGAAGGACUUUCAAAACCAGUAGCAGCCUUUUUGGACGCAUAGGAAAUAUUUCUACAUUUCACUGGUUUUUUUACGACUUUUUGCGGGAUUAAUGUCAAUGUAAGCAAGGAGGAAAAAAGCCGACUUUGCAGAAAAGCAACCGCGAUAGUUUUAACGGGAGAUGGUCGUCAUGACGACGAGGAUGAAUAAAUAUUUUUCAUUUGCUAACUGA